AUUUAGAUCAGGGCAAAGCACGUGUAACCAGUUGAAGGGAUAUAUUUUUCAAAAAUCUAACAGAAAAUAACAUUUUCACAAUGAUUAAGAGCAAGAAACGUGAAGCAGAUAAAACAGUAGCCGAGGAACCGCAGAAAAAGAAAUUUGCAAAAUCAGACAAAGGCGACAAUGCAAAAGAAAAGAAAACAACAAAGUUUAGUAAGCCAACCAAACCGACUGGUGGCAAAGCUGGUGGAGAUAAAGGAAAAUUUGCUGGAAAACCUGGUGGCGAUAAAGGAAAGUUUGCGGGAAAACCUGGCAAUAAAUUUGCCGGAAAGCCAGGCAAUAAGUUUGCAGGAAAACCUGGCAAUAAAUUCGCUGGAAAUCCCAACAACAAAUUUGCUGGUAAACCAAAGUUUGGAAAGCCUGAAGAAGAUGGACUGGGUGCGCCCCCAGGAAAGACUGAGAAGACAGAUUGGAAUAAAUUCAAGCAGGAGAAGAAAGAUUUAAAAUUGAAACGCAAACAAGGCAAAGACACCUAUGAAAUCUCGAUUGAAGCCAAACAAAUCUAUGAGAAACUCAAGUGUCGCAAGACCGAAAAGAAAGCAGAACUGGUGGAAAAGUUGUACAAUCUAUUUAAUACAGGAGACACAAUCAAGAAGGUAGUAAUGGCUCAUGACACUGCCCGUGUUAUACAGUGUAUGCUGAAAUUUGCCUCUCCCUCGGUACGUGAACAAUUGUCGGAACGCCUUAUGCCACUGGCCGUGGAGAUGUCCAUUUCGAAGUAUGCUCACUUCUGUGUGCUGCGUAUGUUUAAAUAUGGCUCUCCAGUGACAAAAAGUAAAUUGGUUGAUGCCUUCUAUGGUAAUGUGGUUAAGUUGGCAUGCCACAGUGUUUCCAGUAAAAUUCUCGAUCAUGUCUACCUAAGUGUGGCCAGUACCAAACAAAAAGCCUAUUUACGUCAAGAAUUCUAUGGUGAUUUGUAUAAGAAGGGUAAAGAUGACAAGGUGAAUACAUUGGCCGAUUGUUACAAAGACACACCCACCAUGAAGGCUUCCAUAUUGAGUGCUGUCAAGGCAAACUUGGAACAUGUAUCCAAUAAGCAAUUGGUUGAUAAUUCGCUGGUGCAUGCCAUAAUGUUGGAGUAUGUCAAAGAAAUGGAAGAAGAUAAGGCGGAGGAGACAGUGACAAUGUUUGGUCCUCUGAUACCCUUGAUGUUGACCACCAAGGAUGGGUGUCAGGCUUCGAUUAUUUGCUUUUACAAGUCCACACCAAAGAAUAGAAGAGCCAUUAUCAAGACCAUUAAGGAACAUUUAGUUAAGAUUUGCACCCAUGAACAUGGUCACUUAUUCACAAUUGCCUUGCUGAACAGCUUGGAUGAUACCAAGGCUACCAAAAAGGCCAUCUAUGAUACCAUCCAUCCUGAAUUACAAACACUUAUGGCAAAUCAAUGGGGUCGUCGUGUCAUCGAAUGGCUGGUAUCUCCGGGCGGUACAAAUUGUUUCCAUCCCACAUUUAUUGCCACCAUCGAAGAAGGCCUACAGUAUGGCAAAAAGGACAAGGAGAUACGACGUAAAGAAAUCUUUGAACAAAUCGAAGAACCCAUUGCCCAAUCCAUUGCUGAGCAACCAGAUUUUUGGUUAUCCGAUAAACAUAUUGGUUUGGUUACAGCGGAGAUUUUGAUUAAGUUAACAUCUGAUCAUUUUGUAAAGGCUGCCACGGCCUUGGCCCAAGUCAUUGCCAAAUCAGAUUGGAGCGUCAGUGUUGAAGAUGAAUCAAAGGAUAAACAGAAAAAGAAACCCCAAGAUGUGGAGAAAAUUAUUGCCGAGGCCACAAAACAGAAAACAAAACAAAGAAAGCAGGCCCAAAAAUUGGUGAAAUCUACAGAGGAUGAUGGUGAUGACAAGGAAGCUGAGGAUGAUUCUGAUGAGGAAGAGGAGAAAGAAGAGGUUACUGCCACGGUAAAUGUUUUGGGCAUCGAGGAAGCCGGUCUCCAUAUUGUGCUCAAGAAAAUCAUUAAAAACGAUAAAGAACGUCUGGCCGCCAAUGCUGAUGCUCAAACCUUUGGCAGCCUCUUGGUGCAAGAACUCACGGAGGAUACACUGAAAAGCUGGUUAAAUAUAAAUCGCGCCUGUUUCAUUUUACUUAACACUUUUGAGAAUAAUUCUAAUGCAGUACAAAAACAAAUUAAAUCGUUACUGAAACCCCACAUGGCUGUGUUGAAAAAACAAAAAUUCAAUGGCGCCCAAUUGCUGUUGAAGAAACUGAAUUAAUUGUAGUGAAUAAAUAACAAUAUUUUAAAAACCAAUUAUUUUGUAAUUAAAUAAAGUUUUUAUUAUUAGUUUUAAAAA